ACCAACGACGAAGACCGCCUUGGAAAGGUAACGAGCCGAUUCGUGACUUGACGCAGUAAAGAGCAGCUUCCGCGAACCGGGCCACGCUCCGUGAUGCAACACAGCACUCCACUCUAACGGACUUUGGAUGCUGCUCUUCCAAAUCUCUUCUAUCGUUCUGCUACGGCUCGCCUCUGAAUGCGAGCGUCGGCGGUAGUAAAGCGUUGCUAACACACAGUGUAGUUUUCCUUCAUCUUCAUGGCGACGGACGUCGUCAAAACAUUCGUGGAGACGUGUCUGUAUCUCCAGGACCCCCGGCUGGUGGCCAGGUUCCAGCACCUCUGCGGGGUCCGGGGGACGUUUCCGGAGAAUGCGAGCGAGCCGCGGGAGGACGUCCGCGACGACGGCCCCGGGCUCCGGAUGAGGAGCGCCGGGGACGAGGUCGGCAACGGGGCGGCCGUGCACGCCAACGGGACGGUCAGCGACCCCAAGCCCGAGGACCAGCGCACCGCCCGGGCCAAGCCCCUUCGCAGGAACUCGCUGACCGGCGACGUGGGCCAGGAGUUCCUGAUCCACAACAAGUUCCUCUUCUAUCUGUUCACCUUCGGCACUGAGCUGGGCAACGAGAUGUUCUUUAUCGUCUUCUUCCCCUUCGUCUUCUGGAACAUCGACGCCCUGGUCAGCCGCCGGCUCAUCGUGGUGUGGGCCUGGAACUUGAUGGUGGGUCAGUCCACCAAGGACAUGGUGCGCUGGUCCCGGCCGGCUUCACCUCCCGUGGUCAAGGUGGAGGUCUUCUACAACUCCGAGUACAGCAUGCCGUCCACGCACGCCAUGACGGGCACCGCCAUCCCCUUCUGCCUCUUCAUGCUCACUUAUGGACGAUGGCAGUACCCGUUUCUGUUGGGUUUGUGCGUGGCUUUGUGCUGGAGCGUCCUGGUUUGUGUGAGCAGAGUCUACAUGGGGAUGCACUCCGUUCUGGAAGUGAUCACCGGAUUCCUGUACACGCUCCUCAUCCUCGCCUUCUUUUCUCAAACCCUGGACAAAAUCGACAACUUCUACAUGACGCACGCGUACGCGCCGCUCGUCAUCGUGGCCUCGCACGUCAGCCUGGGACUGCUCGCCUUCUCGCUGGACUCGUGGAGCACCUCCCGCGGCGACACUGCGCAGGCGCUAGGCACCGGGGCGGGCGCCGCGCUAGGCACCCACGCUAACUACCAACUGGGCCUGAUGGCCGACCCCUCGCCGGCAGAGCUGCCGCUCGCGCUGCCCCCGCUGGGCGCCGGCGUGGUGGCGCACUCGCUAUUGCGCUUCGCCGUAGGAAUCGCUGUCAUUUUGCUAACCCGGAUGGUCAUGAAGGCCGUUACGAUACCGCUGCUGUGUCGGUUGCGCGGGCUUCCCGUCGAUGACGUGCGAAGGGCGCGACAGCACAUGGCGGUGGAGCUGCCGUACCGAUAUAUCGUGUACAGCGUGCUCGGGUUCACGUGUGUGUGCGUCGUGCCGCUCCUUUUUAGGCUCGUAUACCUAGCCUAAUUCGCAAAAUCUGGUGAUAUUUCACCCCCAAAUUCCUACCUUUUCUCGUGAGUAUUAUCCAAAUUUGAAAAUGACAGAAAACUCGGCUGCCAUCGACGGCGAUUGACGUCUGAACUAUUUGAACCAUCAGGGGAAAGCAGCAAUAUCGCCGUUAAUGGCAGUGGAAAUAUAGUAUUCAGAAACCAAUAUUGGAAUUCACUUAACAGGGUUUUGAAGGUCUCUCAUGACAACGCUGCUGUAAAUACAAUACUGGAAAUAGUCUGGGGAAAAAAAUGCACUAUUUACAAGUAGGGCUGCCACAAUCAAUGGCAUCGACUUACUUGGGUGCCAGUUGAAUGUCAAUGGGCUGUAAUAUUAAGUUUUUGGUCACAAAUCACAACUACAAACAUUUUUCUGCCAUUGGAAAUGAAUGGGAAAUUUAGAUAUACAUGGUCGUCAAUGGCAUGGACGUGAAUGGCUGUCAAUGGUAUUGACUUACAUGAAUGGGCUGUCAUGGUAAAUGGUCUAAAAUCACAAGGACCAACAGUAUGUUUUCCUGCCAUUGAAAAUGAAUAGAAAAUUUGGACGUGCAUGGCUGUCAAUGGUAUCCCAUUAGAAGUGAAUGGGACAGUUUUUGGUGAAUUUUGGGGAGCUAUAAGUUUUGGUAAAAUUCAUUUGAAAACCUUUUUGCCCAUAACCGUUAUGGAAUUUUUUAUGUGAAAAUUAUGCAAUUUGGUCAAAAAUUGUAGGACUAGAUACGUUUUAAAAAUAUAUUUUUUUUCGUCAAUAACCCCACGUUUACGGGUGAACGAAAAAUUUUAGGAGAUCAUUCAAAAAAAAAACCUGCGUCGCACGAAAAUUUCGGUCAUUUUGAUAUCUGAGCGGUGACGGACGGUCAGACGUUAGGGCUGUGCGGCGUGCCGAAGAAAAGCUAUUUAAAAAGAAAAAAAAAACUUUACUAUCUGAGCAUUCGCAUUGCAAAGCCAAAUCUUAUUAUGCCGAUCGUUUGUGCUUGUUUGUGCUGUUAAAAACUGUGCUGCUAUCAUUCUUUAGAUGUUUACAAUUAAUUUAGGUCAGCCAUUUUGGUUAAAAAUGGCUAAAAAUUGUGUCAGUCGUUUGUGCUUUGUAUGUGCUGGUUAUUGCUGUAAAUUUUUUUGUUUGUGCUGCAAUUGUUUGGUCGAUAUGGUUUUAAGUUGUAGUGAUGCCGUCAUGCAGGGGGCUAUGUUGCAAAAUAUAUCCGAAGUUGUGCCAUUCGUUUGUGCUAUGUUUGUGCUAGUUUGUGCUUCUAUCGUUUUAUAGAUGUUGAGAUAUUAAUUUCGACUGAUGAUGUCACGCAAUCCUUCGAUAUCCCACGAUUGACGGAGCGUACCAACUCUCAAUAACUGAGGGGUCACCCAACAAACAAAUGGCACCACAUCAGGUCCCAUUUAGCAGUAAACGGGGGGUACGUGACGUCAUCACUUCAAAUUAAAAGCAUAAUAUCUACAAAAACGUUACAGUACAAACUAAAAUGUUUACAGGACUAACCAGUACAAACGUAGCACAAACAAUUCACACUUGUGCCAUUUUUGAUCAAAAUUGGGGGUUUGUUAACCUUAGUGUAAAAGAUGAAGAUGAAGAAGAUAAAAUGUAAAAGAAAUGUAAAUAACUUGAAAAGCAGCGCAAACGAAACUUUUUGCAAACGUAGCACAAACAAUUUACCCCAUUUUUUUGGCCAUUUUUAAACUAAAUGGGGGGCUGGUUGACCUUAGAUUGACAUAUAAUAGAAUAAUUAACUCAAAAAGCAGCUCAAACGAAACUUUUUGCAAAUGUAGCACAAAUGAUUGAUGUAUAUAAAUUUGCGCCUGAUGGGGGGCAAACUUCACAAAGGUCUGGCUAAGCAGCCAAUUUUAAAGCAUCAUUUUUUACCUUUGUGACCUUUGACCCUCUCUUUACACCUACCAUGCUAAUUUACCUUAAAUUGUCUAAUCUGUUAUUAGGUUAUCGUGAAAUUCAUUUUCUGACAUAAUUACCCUAAAAUUUAAUCACAAUUAAUUACAUGCCCUGCAAGUUUGAUAACACUGGUCUAAAUUUAUUGUGCAUGUUUCGUUAGCUGAUUUAUGAUCAUUUUAAUGCGCUGAAUCAAGAAAUCACAUUAGUUUCGCUCAGUCAGGUCAAGUUUCUGAACUACACUAAUGUACUUAACUCGACAAAUGUCUAUUACUUAGUUUACCCAAAAUAUGUUUUGUAAUAGAUACUUAAAGAUUCUUCUAUUCCAAAACCUGCUUUGUAUUAGAAAUAUUAAUGAAAAUCAACUGAUGAUGUCACCAAAAUGUCAUUGAUUCAGUCAGAAGAUCAGAUUAAAAAAAAAAAAAAAAAAAUCAAAUUAGCAUAAAAAUCUGACCUGAUAGAAACAGUUCUCAUUUUGUCGAUUCAGUGGUACAAAUUGUCCAAAAUUCAGUUGAAAAAACACAACUUUCAAAAAAUUUUAGUUGUAAAUCAUUGUAACAAUCCCUUUAUUCAUUCUUGAGUUAUCUUGAACACAAACAUACAGACAGUAUGUUUGUAAAUGUGUAAUUUUCGCCUCCAAAAUGCAUAAUAUUAUAGUCCAACUAUUCUGAGCACAUCGUUUUUGUUCCAUUACAGCUAAAAUGUAAAGCCCAGAGUGAUACAACAGUAAAUCAGUCGCAAAAAUUCUUGUGGACGGUCACAAUAUUGGGUUGUGGCAGCCCUAUUUACGAGUUUCAAUGACAAAACAGCUUAAAUGCUAAGAAGCACUUGACAACACACUGGAGGAGGAAGGAAGCCAGAAACAAUUGGCUGGUUUCCAUCCUUCAUAGAGUACGGAAAAUAUGUUUAACAUCCACCGGCAACUCUCCGCUCAAUCAAAAUUCACUGUUUCAUUUCGUAUUUCCGAUUCAUCUUUUGUAUUGUUUGAUCAACAUCACUUUGCUCCGAAGAAACCAAACGAAUCGUGUCGGCUAAAACGCGAGUAUGUAUUCCAAAUGAUAUUUUAAGUAUUUGAUUGUCGUAAACAGUAUUAAUUCACCACUAUUUUUUGUCACGUUAUUUUGUCUUUUUCUCUUUUUGUAUCGCUCUCAUGUGAAUGAUGUUUACUGUAAUGUCGAGUGCGCGCUGAAGUCGGCACAUAAACAAAUUUAGAGUUUAAAAUACAGUAUUUUUAAUGUAUCAUCUUGAAUAUGACUAUAUUAUUACCAGGAUGUUUCAAAGUUCUUGCACUAAAGUGUAUUAAAAUCUUUACCUUCUUUGUGUUU